UGUUCCAUUCAAGUUGAUGCUGGAAUUAACAGUAUACGUUGCAAAUUAGCGACACAAGGCAUGAGGGGGUUCAUUGGGUAUUUCACAACAUGGCUUCAUUUUUUUAUACAAUAAGAGUGAAAAUAGUAAGAAAAGUAAUUCACUACCGAAAGGCAUUUUAAAUUAAACAUUCUGUUUUACUUCUGAAAUUUAUAUGUUUGCUUUUUUUUUUUGCUUACACUGCUUUUAUAUCCUCUUAUAUACAAUUAACUUAUUUCCUUGUUAACAGCUUCCUACCCCCCACGGUUUGGCCACAGUAACAUUUUUCUUGCCAUAAUCACAUACAUUUGUUGUGUUAAUCUAAAAUGCUUCAUCUUUUAUAUCACAGUUUUCCUGUGUAGCUUUUCUAUUCAAAUAAAAUUAGUUAAUAAAGAAAACAACAUGGUAUAGCUACAGCAAAAACACCCAUUGCACAAUAGCUGCUACACUCAAUACAAUUUAAAAGCUAUUCUUGGUCCUGCUGACCCCCCACAGUCCCCAGUUGGUACAUGCCACACUGCCAUUGACUAUUAAUCCCGUCAACACACACAUACAACCACACACACUGAGGUCUAAGCUGAACAUCUCCUUAUAACCCUACUUAGUGAGUCUGACAGAGCAGGAGAAAGUGUGUGUAUGUGUCUGUUUGUGAGACACAGAGAGCCGGGCGAGAUGAGAGUGUGAAGCAGCGAGAGGGAAAGCCUCGACAAAAAAAAAAGAAACAGCAAAUCAGAGAAGAGGUUGAGGGGGGGAGAGUCAGCAAACACAGCAAAAAGGCAGAGGAGACGAAAGACGGGAGGGAUAAGAGGAAGGGUCACGGGAGGGAGCAAUACGUUUGAUAGUCCGGUCUUCAAAGUGCAGAGAUGCAAUGACUAGAUGACUCUUCACUCCACGCACCAGCAUCCUGUCCUGGAGCCUUGACAGGAGGGGACAGAACAAGCCCGCCGUCCAAGGUAAACAAUCUUCAACCAGAACCACAUCACUGGAUGAUGUCGUCUGCCGGGUCGACGAACCACAACAAACGUCUGGCAUCUGAGACAGACAUCUCUCAGAGAGUGCUCGACAAAGAAACUGCUCAGCAUUUCAAGCUAAAGGAGAGGCAGCGCUUCUUCGAGGAAGUCUACCAACAUGACGUGGAAAACUACCUGCCCUCCACACACCUGCAGAUCGACUGCAGGAAACCCCCCAUGGGGAGCAUCUCAUCCAUGGAGGUGAACGUUGAUGUUCUGGAGCAGAUGGAUUUGAUGGACAUUUCUGAUCAGGAGGCUCUAGAUGUGUUCCUCAACUCAGGAUCAGAAGAAGGACCGCUGGCCUCUCCCGGACUAGAGGAUGAAGAUGAUGAAGACGAAGAGGAUGAGGAGGCAGAGGUGGUCUACAGAGAGCGUGCAUCUCUGCAGCGACAAAGCGAAAUCUACCGCAGCUCCCAAUCACGCAUUUCUUCCACAUCGUCCGGCUCCAGCGACACCAGCGCCGGUGGAGCCGACACUCCUGUCAUCCAGUCGGAUGACGAGGAAGUGCAUGCUGACACUCUGUUGCUGACCACCGUUCCUCAGUUGAGGGACGAGGAGUCAGAGGAGGAGGAGGAAGAGGAGGUGAAAACAAGUCUUCCAACUGACCCUCUGAGAGACUGACUUUUAUCUAUUAUCUUUCUUUGUCUUUUGUGUGUACAUUUCUUUCUUAUGGACCAAAAACUCCAGCAUGAUUGGGCCCCACUGUGAUCUUCUGUGCGAACAUGCCCUGUUCUUCUGUUAGCUUUACAAAACUAUGUGGCAAUUCAAAAGUCAAUGCCAAAAAAACCACUCAAUGUGAAUCAUUCCGCUCACCUGCAACAACACGUUCAGCUCCACUUUUAUUUCUUCUCUUGCCUGAGGGAAAACCUUCCUCCUCGCUCCACACAUUUCUUUGGAAAUCACACGAAACACAAAAAUGAGCGUAAGUCACUGAAUUAAAAAAAAAUAACAAAAAAGUUUGAACAAAUUCCUAAAAAAAACACACAUCUUAGAAUUUAUUGCUGUGUCUAAAAACUUGUACAGUUUUGUUACAUGUACUUCAUGAUGUCCUGAUGAAUCUAAUAAGAAUACAAGUAUAUGUAAUGCAUUUUUGGAGGGGGACUAAACCACCUUAAAGGUCGCAAAUAUACCAUGAAACUAAGAAAAAUGAUCAUGAAUCAAAAGGAUCAAUACCCAGACUUUUGUUCAACAUCAUUUAAAGAAGGUAAAAUAAUGAAAUCUGGAAUCUGGAAAGAAAUGGUGGUGCCCCUUGAAAAAACUAUGAAAUCAGACUACGAAAAAUGAAAUCAGGCUCUUCAGCAUCAUUAUCAGCAUCGCGUGAGUCUACAUUUGCAUUAAGUCAAAUAUAAAGGAUGGAGAGAGUGGAAAAAGGAUAAUUAAAAAUGAGCAUGUCAAAAAAAAAAGUUCUAAGCAUCUUGAUGUUCCUUUGCACUUAAACAUACUAAAUAGUGAAUGGUAUAUAUACUUAUAUAGCACUUCUUAGAAGGACUAAAGCGCUUUACACUCACAGUCCCAUACACACACUGAUGGCAGCUCUGCUGUAGAACACUGGUGCCAAUCUUUAACAACCAGGAGCAGUGUGGGUUCAGUGUCUUGCCCAAGGACACUAUGACACAUAGGCACGUAAGACAGGAACUGAACCAACACUCUUCCAAUCAGAGGUCGACCACUCUACCUCUGAACCGUUGCCGCCUUACUUACAAGACACCCUGAACUGGGUCUGCAAAUUGAAAAAUUGAUGAAUUAGAGAGUAUUUAGCUUUAGUUACAUUACACAAAUGUACAAAACUUUAUUGAAAUGAUAGAAAUCUCAAAAAACCCCAGUUUCGCAAUUACACCAUUUCCAUUAAAUCAGAAUUAUGCAAAUGAACACAAAACGACACGAUAGAUCAUUCAAAAAUGUGGCAACGCAUCUGAACAAUAUUUUGAUUUACAGCCGAUACAUUCCGAUUUCUGCCAAGGCAGUAGCGCUCAUCAUCCAUCAAUGGAGACGUUGGCGUCUUAUUCAAGUCAUGGAGCGGCAAGCUCCUUACACGUCAGAGCGGCUAUGGAUGAGGUGAUUUGGGGAAAUCGUGGCUGAUGAUUUUACACAGGAACUGUGGGUCCAACAAUUCUACAUGACACGCUCAACUUUUGAUGAGCUGUGUGAUCCUAUGGGAUCUUAUGUGGCACUGCACAGCUAAUUGUGGUAUCAGGUUAUUGGUGAUGUGACUCAUUUAAUUUAAAAUAAGAGUUUGCAUUGCAGUUUAGCAAAAUGUGUCAACUUUGAUUUGCCUCAAAAACAACCUCCUCCAAACCCCAAAACUGGAUUAUUUUUGAUAAAUGCCAGUUUUUUUUCCCGAAAUUGUUGUGUUUCCAUUAUUUUUUUGUCAAUAGUCAAUGGAAAUGCAGCCGGUAACUGUUGACAAAUGAUACAAUGUUUUUUUAAAUAUCUCCAAGUACAUUAGUGUCUGACUAAGAUGCCGUUAGAGUUAGUCCAGGAAGAGGAUAAACAGACAACGAAGCGUCUGGAGAAUGUUCUAUGGACAGAGGACACAAAGGUGGAGCUUACCAGAGGGAACGUCAUCUUUAAAACACAGCAGCUUUAUAAGCAAAGAAGAAAGAAAAAAAUGAAGAGCAACAAGAAAAGAACAAUGUUGUUACUGUUAAACAUAGAGGAAGCUCAUUUGUGUUCCAAGGCUGCUUUGCUGCCUCUGGCACAGGGCAUCUUCAUUAAAUCUCAAGACUUAAAUGGUGUUCUGCUAAACAUGUGGUGUACUGCCAAGAAUCAGAGAGCUUCGCCAAAAGUCGCUGGUCAUGGGUCAACGUGACAAUGAGCCGAAACACAUCCAAGAAUGGCAAAGACCAAAACAGUUGAUUAGCCUGAAGUAGCCUCCUAUAAGGAUUUGAUCUACAGAAACUAAAAUAUGCCGUGCAGAGAUGGCACUUGACAAACACGUGACAAUUAGAGCUGUUUGCCCACAAGGUGUGGCUCAACAUACCUGUUCAGAGAUGCAGACAUUAAACAGGUAAACACGUGGUUUGAUUUCAAUAAUUGGCCACAUAAUUAUCCAUUUUAAUUGCCAAUAGUUUUCUUGUUUUGGAUGUAACAGAAUAAGUAUAGAAAUGAACAUUGAAAUCUGUCAUAUUGAGGGAAUGAAAUCCUUUUUUUCUUCCACUUCAUUGAGAUUUUGUGAAAAGUAGGUAACGUACUUUUGUAUGCCACGGAUCUCUGUUCUUAGCAGACAAUUGCGAGGGUUGUACCUUUGAGACUGCCAGCACAGCUUAAAGUUAAUAUGCAAAUUCAUACUUGUAGCAUGAAGAGACAUAACAGCCAGAAAACCGGUUGGGCAAGUGUAGAACAUCGGGAGAAACUCGAUGACACACUUUAUCUCAAUAAAAAAAGAGGCUACACUCUCACAAUUGAGGUUUAAAACUUUAGUAGGAGGGUGAGUGGAACUAAACGCAGCUCGGUGGCCUUGAGGUAGAGUGUCCGCCCUGAGACUGGAAGGUCAUGAGUUCAAAUUUAUAGAGGAGUCAUAGUAAAGACUCUGAAAAUGCAACCAAGUAUCUCCCUCAACAUUAGGAGAUUGGAUUGGGGGUACAACCAUCAAUUUUUUUACAGAGUACAGCUGUGUCUGCUGCUCACCACUCCCUUAGGGUUUGUGUCAAAUGCAGAGAACAAACAACAAAUGGGACUUUAACUUUCACUGAUCACAGUUUUCUCAAGGAAACAAUAUCGUCGGUACUGGAUUCUUAGCAUUUCUCUGAAGACUUGCUGGUCUUGUCCAUCAUUUGUUUGUAAAAUGUUACAGUAUAGAAUCAAAGCUAGGAGAAAGACUAACUGCAAGUAAAUCAAAAGGCCAUUUUAAGCUCAGUAAGACAGUAAUAUCUCAGUAAUAUCUCUUCCAGGAGGAUUAACAUCACCAUCGUGCCCCUAUAAGCAAGACCCUUUACAUGAACUUCUCCAUUGGAGUUUUUCAGUCAGUUGGUGGUUGAAUGCAUAAAAACAGGUGUUCUUGGUUCCAUGAACUAUUUUUGAAAAGUCAAGAUGACAUUGAUAAGAAACAUAUUAUAUGACCUCCUCUAUUGUUUCCAGUCGAGUAAAACCUCUUGCUAGAACCUGACAUCUUUACAAGUAGCAGCUCUAGAGGUUAAACGACAAGUGUUGUCUGACAUAUUUGCUCAAGGUGCAAAAAUGCCUAAAAAUAAACAUUAAUGCUUCAAA